AUGAGUUUAAUGGUUGCACUCAUCAACCGAUCAGUCAAGACCAAGAAAGAUGGCGAGUUAUGGUUCGUGAUGAACGGAGUCCCAAUUAGGUAUUCGCUGUGGGAACACGCUAUUCUUUGUGGUUUAAAUUGUUCUCCGUUGCCUGAGAAUUGGGAGGAAAUUGGAGGGUUCGAAUUCUACCGUAAAUUCUUUGGUCAAGAGAGUUUUGAAAAGGUUAUGAAAGCAGAAGUAAUGAAGAAGUUUGGGGAAUUGGCUGUAGAUGACAGAGAUGACCGAUUGAAGAUGGCUUAUUUGUUGCUGCUCAGUUAUGUCAUUGGGCACCAACAUUCGGAAUACGUGAAUCCAUUUCUGUUGAAGAUUGUCAACAAUGUGGAUGCAUGCGAAAAAUUCCCUUGGGGGACGUUCACGUUCAACAAUGUUCAUGAGUUUGUGGUGAACUAUCUGAAUAAACAUCGGAAGCCGGCUAAUCAGUGGAACUUACCAGGGUUUAUAAUUCCCCUCACGAUGUUGCCGUUCGAAUGUAUUCCCAAGCUUCGUUCAUGCGGAUGGUAUAGUGAAGUCAGGGUGGAAGGAAAU